AUGGCAUUGAAGAGGAAGAAGGUGUAUGAGGAACAGAUAACGAAAAUAAUGGGAUCACGAAUGACACUAGAAACACAAAUGAUGUCUAUUGAGUCUGCCAAUGUCAAUCUCGAAACAAUGGAAGCCAUGCGACAGGGCGCUGCCGCUAUGAAACAAGUUCAUGGCAAAAUGGAUAUCAAGAAGGUUGAUCAAGUCAUGGACGACAUUCGUGAUCAAAUGGACCUGGCAAAUGAAAUAUCAGAUGCAAUAUCACAGCCAGUUGGAUAUGGCAUGGAAUUCGAUGACGAUGAACUGAAUCAAGAGUUGGAUGAACUAGAACAAUUGGAAUUAGAUGAAAAGUUAUUGGAUACAUCAUCACCUCAAGCCAACAUCAACAAUGCACCUGCUGUACCCAACACCAUACCAGCCAUCGCACAACCACCACGACCUGCUAGGGUACAGGUGCAAGAUGACGAGGACGCAGAAUUAGCAGAGUUGAAAGCGUCUAUGGCCUUAUGA